GGGACAUAAAGGAGGAAGAGAGGCAGCAGAGCGACAGUUUCUGUUAGGAGACCACCGAAAGCCACCCCAACAGCACAACGAUGACGUCCAUAGCAGGCAAAGUGGCGCAGGAGCAGGCCCGCACCAGUGGGGUCGGCACCAAUGACAUGGCCCUGAAGUUCGGUGACCAGGACUACGAGUCACUGAGGAGCCACUGUCUGCAGCAGGGCAAGCUGUUCGAGGAUGAUCUCUUCCCAGCUGGGUCCCGGGCUCUGGGCUACCAAGAGCUGGGGCCACUAUCCCCUAAGACCCAGAAUGUGGUGUGGAAGAGGCCGAAGGAGUUGUGCCCAAAUCCACGUUUCAUCAUCGAUGGAGCAACGAGGACAGACAUCUGUCAGGGAAUCCUGGGUGACUGCUGGUUGCUGGCGGCCAUUGCUUCCCUGACUCUAGACGAGGAUAUCCUGGCCCGCGUGGUCCCCCAAGGGCAAAACUUUCAGGAGAAUUAUGCUGGGAUCUUUCACUUCCAGUUCUGGCAGUAUGGGGUGUGGGUGGACGUGGUGGUCGACGACCGGCUACCCACCAAAAACGGACAGCUGGUGUUCGUCCACUCGCCUGAUAGCACGGAGUUCUGGAGCGCCCUGCUGGAGAAGGCCUACGCCAAGCUGAAUGGAUGCUACGAGGCGCUGUCUGGGGGAAACACUACUGAAGGCUUUGAGGACUUCACUGGAGGGAUAACGGAAUCCUAUAAGUUGAAGAAAGCUCCUCCUCAACUCUUCAGUAUCAUCCAGAGAGCCCUAAAGCUUGAAUCACUCAUGGGUGCCUCCAUCGAGAUUACCAACGCCUAUGACCUAGAAGCUAAGACAGCCCUCCAGCUGGUAAAAGGACACGCAUAUUCUAUCACGGGUGCUGAGGAGGUGCACAUACAAGGCCGCAGCAUCCAGCUGUUGCGGCUCCGGAACCCCUGGGGUGAGGUAGAAUGGACUGGCCCUUGGAGUGACAGAUCGGGGGAGUGGGACAAGAUCGAUCCGAGCGAAAAAGCCAGGCUGAGGAACGCUGCUGAAGACGGGGAGUUCUGGAUGGCCUACACUGACUUCAUCCAGCAAUUCACGGACUUGGACGUAUGUAACCUCACCCCAGACACUCUGACCAGUAACAAGUUGGGCUCGUGGAACUACUAUGAGUUCAAUGGCCAGUGGAGGGUUGGCUCCACUGCUGGGGGCUGCCUGAAUAAUCGAUCCACCUUCGCAUCCAACCCCCAGUUCGCCAUCAAGCUGGAGGAAGUGGACGACGAGCCCUUUGACGGGAAGCACGGCUGCUCCUUCCUGGUCGGCCUCAUGCAGAAAGACGUCCGUAAGACUCGCAGACUUGGCCAGGAUCUCAACACCAUCGGCUUCUGCAUAUAUGAGCUUCCUGCUCCCCUUGCUCUUCCCGUCCCGCAGUUCCAGGGCUGCACCGACGUCCACCUGGGCCCCAAGGUGCUCCUGCAGUGCCGGCCCGUGGCCAACAGCAGCACCUUCAUCAAUUCUCGUGAGAUCUGCGACCGCUUUCACCUUCCACCAGGCGAGUACGUCAUCAUCCCCUCCACCUUUGAGCCUCACAAGCGUGGCAGCUUCCUGUUGCGAGUCUUCACUGAGAAGCAAGCGAGCACCAGACCAAUGGCAGCAGGUCUGAGCAUGAAUGUAGUCCAGAAUAAAAUUUCAAAAGAUGACAUGGAUCCCCAGUUCAAACAGUUGUUCAAGGAAAUUUCAGGAAAUGAUUCUGAGCUGUCAGCGGCCGAGCUGCUGCAAGUUUUGAACCACGUCUUGUCAAAAAAAACAAGCAUCCCGUCAGAAGGCGUCACACUGGAGACUUGUCGUAGCGUUAUCAAUCUCCUGGAUAAAGAUGGAAAUGGGAAGCUGAGUCUAACCGAGUUCCAUGUUCUCUGGAUGAAGAUCCAGCAGUAUCAGAAAAUCUUCCGCAGCGCUGAUGUCGACAACUCCGGUGCCAUUAACAGCCACGAGAUGAGAGAGGCUCUGUCCCAAGCAGGUUUCCAGGUGAACAACGCUGUGAUUCAGGUCAUUGUGAGUCGCUAUGCCAAUUCAGAGUCUUCAGUCGACUUUGACAGCUUCCUGAGUGUCAUGAUUCGAGUUGAGAUGCUCUUCAGAAUGUUCGAAAAGCUUGACGUGAAUAAAUCUGGGAAGAUUGAACUGGACAUAUCACAGUGGUUUUGUGUGGCUAUGAAUUAAACUCCAGAUCAGAGGAAGGUGUCGAAUCUGCAGUCGCCAGGAGAUGCAACUGGGAAAAUGGUGCAAGUUGAGAGUUCAAAGUUUGAGAAAAGAUAAGAUACAAGGAAAGUCAGGUUAUAAUUUUUGUAACAGGUUCCGUUCAGGUUUACUAUAUUGGAAAUGGGGUUUUCCUUUCACAAAAUGACUUAUUAAUCUAGUUUUAUGUGUGGGACGGUAGCUUUUAUUGUAUUGUUUAUCACAUCAUUAGGGUGUUUGGCAGAGUAUAUAUAUCCUACAGCUUUUAUUUAGCUUUUCCUUGUCAUAAUAGGUGACCUUUAUAACAGUUAAGCCACCAUUUUGUACAGCUUAACUGAUCCUAUAUAUGGUCUAUUAAAGAAAAUAACCUGA